CUUCUUGCCAUUGCAUCCUUGACGAGCUCCCAAGAUGAGGUCCACUUUCCGACUGCUGGCCAACGUCAAGCCGGCCCGCUACCUGGAGCCGUUUGCUCCCACCGGACUGACUGGUCUCGUCACUCACCCCAGCCCUCGUCCUACUUUAAUAUACCUCUACACAACUACUCUCGAGAAGCUCAAGGCAUUCCCGGAAUCUUCAGUCUACCGCCAAUCCACUGAAGCGUUGACCCGACACCGCCUUCAGAUCGUUGAGUCUACGAAACCACCAGGAUUCGACGAAUGGUUGGAACGCGCAAAGAAAAUUGUGGCUGCUGAACCGGAACGUUUCAAAAGCCUUCGUCGUCCAGACGGCACAUACGCCGCAAUUCUGCGUGACGAUCAAAGCGACAACGCUCGUGGCGAAGAAUGGGACGGUGAGAGAAUCGAACCCCUCAGUGACGGUCCCGUCCGUUCACCUGUGGAAGAGGCCCAAUUCAACAAAGUUGUCGAUGAAUUGACGGCGGGAGAGCGGGGCGAGUCUGAUUUUCACCCCAAUUUCAUGAAGUGGGAGAAUGAGCCGGCCCUCGAAGCUGCACAGAUCUCUGAUAUUGAGAAUAAGAUCGCUUCUGGUCUCAUCGAAGAAGUUAUUGAGGUUGCUGAGAGCGAAUUGAAGGUGGUUGAAGAACUAGAGAAGUCCAAAGCGUGGGAGGAGCUUGAGGAGAAGCCCCUGCCCGGCCAAUGGACCUACUUCGAACGCAGCGGCAGCUCAGCAUAAUCAAUGAAACGUGGAGGAUAUCUACUACCUAGGAGUGGAUACGUAUUCACAUCGGCCAUUUGUAUGGAGGAUACGCUAAUUCUCCGAUGAUUUGUCUGUCAGGUAUCACUUCUGGCUGCAGUGUCGUUUCAACGUAUUUAACUGGCUGUCCACGGAAAGCAUGUGGGAUUGAAUAGAUAUACCAAUGCGAAAUGAUGUAUUUUACCAAGCA